AAAACCGGGGGUGGCGGUGGUGGAGGGGGAGAGCCCGGCAAGGCUCCCUCUUUCCCCAAACUCCCCGGCUCGGGGAUGUUUUCCCGUCGCUACAGCAACACCUACCGGCGCCCCGACAGACCGACGGGCAGACCGACGGACGGGGCGCCCCCCCCCGGGGGGCUCCUUCACCGCCGACCCCCGGUGGGGAGCUCUCACACCGCACCUUGGGGAGGAAAUAAGGAACAAGAGCAGCGAAAAAAAAACCCUCUCGAGUUCCCAAACCUCGCUUUAAUUCCUCUUUUCUGGCUCCCCCCAGCGCCUGUCACCCCUCCGCCGUGUUUUCCCCGUGGGAUGGGGCUGGCGUGCAGGGAGAAGCGGUGUCCCACAGCUAAUUAUUAUUAUUAUUUUUCAUUUUUUUAAAUAUAUUUUUAUUAUUUUCUUCCCCUUGCUUUGGUGCCGGAGCGUUUCUCCCUUUAAUAAUUCAAGGCAGGGACCCGCGGGCGUACACACGGCCGGCAAGGUAACGCACGGCGUGUACCGAGGGCAGGACGAGGAUGGAAACCCGCCGUGAAUUAUUCAUCAGCUGUAAUCAAAUAGAGGAUUUUCCUAGACAAAGCACGCUUCGCUCCUUUCAUAUUUAUUGCGGUGCAAUCUGCGCCGAGUACAUCUUGAAGCCCGCUUGGUCCGGGCCGUGCCAGAUAACCUUUUAAUGCCUUCGCUAAUGUUUCUUAUUUACCCUAAGAGAAAGAAGGGCUUGGUGGCAAACCCCGCGGAGCUUUUUCUCCGCGAGCUUCCCAAAAUAUUGGCAGGAGCGAGCUCUUUUGCCCUGCUUCCUGGGGAAGGCGUUUCGCCCAGCCCCGCAGGAGAGCGCACUUGUGGCACCGCGAGCGGAUCCCUGCCUCCGCGCCUGGGUCGUGCAGCGGCAGGAGAGGUUAUUUUUAACCAGGGGAAGGUUAUGAAACCUUAGACCCGGCCUUGGAGGGGGGAAAAUCAGCUGGGCUGAGCCGGACAGCCCCCGAAACUGGGAAGAGACCCCGCAGGGAGGCUGCCCCAGCGGCGGCUGGGAACCCACGGAGUUAUAUGAAAGAUACGGCGUCACCAUGAGCGGGGUGUUGAAAAGGAAGUACGAAGAGCUGGGGGACGACAGCACCUACUGCUCCUCCUCCUCCUGCUCACCCCUGUCCUCCUCAGCAUCCUCGGGCUGGGACUCGGAUGAGGAGAACUCCCGUGGAGAGAGCAAGCCCAGCUCUGCCUUAACGCCCAGCUUCACCCCCACGUCCAUCCUGAAGAAAUCCAAGCGGCUAAAGAAGAACAACGUGGAGUUUGACCAGGUCACUGUGUUCUACUUCCCGCGCUGCCAGGGCUUCACGAGCGUGCCGAGCCGUGGGGGCUGCACGCUGGGGAUGGUGAGCAAGCACAGCUCCUCCCGGCAGUUCACGCUAGCAGAGUUCUCGAAGGAGCAGGAAAACGUCCGUCGGGAGAAACUGAAAGAGAAAUUGAAAGAGGAGAAGUUGGAAGCCUUGAAAUGGAAGCUAACCAUGAACGGCACAAAGGAGUCGGAGGAGGCCAACCAGCUCACUGUCGAGGACAUCUCCGACGAUGACAUCGACGUCAGCAACGUGGACCUGGAGGACGGCUUCUUCCUCCAGCCCUACCCCGCCAAAAAGAGGCGGGCGCUGCUCAAAGCCGUGGGGGUGAAGAAGAUCGACAAGGAGGAGAAGCGGGAGCUGCACAGCAUCCGCCUGUCCCGGGAGGACUGCGGCUGCGACUGCCAGGAGGUCUGCGACCCCGAGACCUGCAGCUGCAGCUUGGCGGGCAUUAAAUGCCAGAUGGACCACACCUCCUUCCCCUGCGGCUGCACCAAGGACGGCUGCGGCAACACCGAGGGCAGGAUCGAGUUCAACCAGUCCCGGGUGCAGACCCACUUCAUCCACACCAUCAUGAAGCUGGAGCUGGAGAAGCAGCAGCAGAGCAGCGAGGGGGUGGCGGAGGCCGAGCCUCCUUUCCGGGAGCGGCUGCCCCAGCUGGGCUGCGCGGCGGGGAAGGGGCCCCUGGAGGAGCGCGCGGCGCCGCUGGCCCCCGCCUUCCAGUUCAGCCCCCAGUUCAGCCCCGAGCUGGAAGCCCUGGGGGAGAACAGCUGCAGCAGCGACAUGACGGACUCCUCCCUCUCCUCCCACCCCAGCGAGGACCUGGAGGAGCCCUACGAGAGCCUCCCCUCCGACAAAUCCCAGUCGGACGUCGACGACGACGGCUUGGCGCGCAUCCUCCACUUCAACGACUCGGAUGCCGAGGAGGAGGGCAGCCGCUGCCAGGACAACCUGAGCUGUUUCCACCCCGCCGACUUCUUCAUCGAGGACCAUGGCGGUGAGGCCAAGCCCGGCCCCGUGGCCUCGUCCCACCUCUCCGAGUGCCUGGACGAGAACGCCAACCAGGACGGUGGCGGGAUGCUGGAGGAGGCCGCCCACGCGCGCUGUGACGGGUUGUCCUGCUGCGCCCCGGCCCCAGCCGAGCCCUGCUCCAAGAGCUACGCCGACCUCAGCCUUUCCUCUGACUCCUUGGAUUUCUUCCAGUCCUUCUCGGACUAUAACUUGGGACCCCUUUACAACCCCUUGAAGGAGUACGAGAACCUCGAUAACUACUCAGCGUUACAGUUUCAGUUUCCUAAUUUCCCCAGCUUCCCGCAAGGCGGAGAUCAGGGCUCCAGUUUGUUGGAGUCUCUCUUCGGUUUGUCCGAAUCCGUCCCUGAAACCCCGGCCCCUUUCACAGACAAUCAGCAUUUGGAGGAUGUCAUCAAGUCGCCGCUGAUGGAGACGGUGAAGGUAUGAGAUGCCCGGGUACCCAGGGACGGGAAGGACCGGCAGCAUUGGGGUGCUGAAACCAAAGCCGAAGAGCGGUGGGACGGGCAAACUUUCAGUGACAGGAUGAUGUGCUAUGUGAAAAGGAAAAACAAAAAAUAAUGAGACUUUCUGAGCAGACAAACUAUUUUUGGUCUUUAUAGAACGUGGACGUUUUGACAUACUGCAGCUACAAUCAGUUCUCUUGCUGUUUGUGCAAAAAUUUCUAAACUUUCGUGAUGGGGUGGGAGGGAGGGAGGGAGGAACAAAGACUUUCAAGUAUGAAUUUCCUUGUGUUUUGUAUGCAAAGACCUGUUGAGAAAUGCUCCUUGUGAACGUUGCCAGUCGUACACACAGCCCCUUCUAGAAACGUUUCAGUGUUGUGGGAACUUUUUUUAGACAACUUCUGAAGCUGUAUUUAUUGUGAAACUUUGUGAUUUGCAUAAGAGCUAGCCCAACACGCUCUUGCGUUCAAAUCCAAAAAGGUUUACAGAAGAGAUCCGUACACUAUAUACAUAAUCAUUCUUCAUCUAUUUAUUGCAAAUUCCAGAAUUUAAAUAGCCACCGAAGCUUGAACUAGCAUGAAACCUUAUUUAAAUUGGUAAUACCUCAGAUGUAUUAUGUGUACAAUCAUAUUUUUUGCAUAAUAUAUCUGUAUUUAUUUAUUUUCUACCUGUAGUACAUGAGUAGCACUGUGGUUUAUCAGUGACCUGGAAGGGCAAUAAGGUCUCGAAGUGGCACACAUCCUGAAGAUGGCCCUGUUGUUGGAGUCUGGAAGGUGCUGGCUGUUUGGUCUUCACGUAACAUUUUUACAAGAGCCAAAUGCAAGCGGGUGGGAGGGGAGGGAUGGGGGAAAGGUUCCUGUAGGGUCCUUGGGUAGCUAGCCAGCCUUUCACAGACACGAUAGCAGGAAUGUGUCCGAUAUCCAUGAUAUGGGGACCCUCAACUGCCCAAGAAACACAAGCUAGCUCAAUCUAAUCAACAAAAACCACCCAACCCUUUUCAUAAAUUAUUUUCUAACUUAUUUAACUUCCUAAGGAUUUGGCCAUGAGAUCUUUUGGUGCCUGAAUAUGCAGAGGACCCGUCAGCAGGGGGGCUGGAUCCUGGGACUCAGGCGAGCAAAGCAAAGGGCAGCAGCACCCUGCUCAUACUUCUCAGCGAGUGCUCCUUAGGGCUCCCAAAUGUUGAGGGUAUUGCAGCCCCCCAAGCUGAUGGGCCAGACUCUUCAUUUUUAUAGGUCAAUUGGGUAAAUCGAGUCAGGGGGAGGGAUGUGAAGGUUGGUGGGUUAUUUAUUGUUUGAGUACAGUUGGAGAAGGAAGGAAAAAAAGAGCAAUCAGUGUGUUUAGGAGGGAAAUUAGAGGCCUCCUUGGCUUUUUGUUGUGGAAAUCAGCCCAAGAACAUGACACUAUUUGGCCAUGCCAUGUAACUGGACCCAAAAUCCGCACGCCAGUGAUACACUAAGUGCCUACGCCAGCAGCGCGAGCAGCCGGGUAUCGCAAUGGGAACCCACAGCUUUACAUUGAGCCCCCCCCUUCCAAAGGGUGCAGAGCCACCCAGGUGGGGAGGGGACACCCCAAAAAGGGGCUUUGGGGUCCUUUCCCCCGGCUGAACCGCUGAUAUCCCUGCUGAGUGCUGGUUGGUACCUGUCCUUGGAUGGACGAGCCCUGCCUGCUCCAGCAGGCACCACCAGCGCCCUGCCAGCAAUUUGGGCAGCUUCUGGCGUACGAAUAUCGCGAAGGCUGGGUUUUAUUAUUAUUAUUAUUAAUUAUUAUUAUUAUUUAAUUGUUCAUCUUCUCUGGUAUUGAGCCGGUCAACCUCGAAGCGUUGCUGACCCACCGCGUCCUCCCGCGAGGCAUCGCCCCGGGGAUAUCCCCGCGGGCAGGAGGGCGACUGUAGGAAUACUACUGGCAGAUGGAGGAUUUCCUGGAGAUAUAUAUAUAUAAAUAUAUUAUUUUUGUU